AAAUGUCUUUUGUCAUCACUUUAAGUUGGAUUGAUUCAUGAUUCUUAAUUUUAUUUUUAUUUUUAAAUUAAUCAAAUUACUAAUUAGAUUAUGAAACAAAAAUGUUCUUUUCUUAGUGAAUACUGUUUCGAUUAAGAAACGCCAACUUUACUAAUAGUACGUUUAAGACGUUGUGUUAAACCAAACAAGUAAGAUGACUCUGGCAGAAUUUUUCAGUUGUUCUCUGCUCGCUUUCGGGCCCCCAUUCGCUAUGUUUGCGCUGACGAUCGCGAACGACCCGGUCCGCAUCAUCAUAAUGAUCGCGGCGGCUUUUGGGUGGCUCGUGUCGUUUCUACUGUCGUCCCUAAUAUGGUUCGCAGUGAGCCCCCUACGGUCAUACUUGGCCUUCGGAAUGGUGUUUGCGAUCAUAAUGCAGGAAGCAUGUCGCUAUGGGAUGUACCUGUUGCUGCGAAAGACUGAAGCAGGACUGAAGGAGAUCUCAGAGAACCAUGAGAUUUGCAGCAACAAGCUGGAGAUGGCAUAUGUCUCCGGACUGGGUUUUGGCAUCAUGAGUGGGGCGUUUGCCCUUGUUAAUGUACUAGCAGAUUCGGUGGGUCCAGGCAGCGUUGGUCUGAAAGGUGGAACAGAGUACUUCUUUGUAACCAGUGCAGCAAUGACUCUCUGCAUGAUACUGCUCAACACAUUCUGGAGUGUGAUCUUCUUCAAUGGGAUGGACACCAAGAACUACCCAAAGAUAAUGUGGGUCAUUGGCUCACACUUCUUUGUAUCAGGUCUAAGUUUACUAAACAAAAAGGAAUUGUAUGUGGUAACAAUUCUACCGUCAUACAUUAUACUCAUUGUAACUGUGGUGAUAGCCUUCAAGUGUGCCGGUGGAUCGAGUAAAGGACUUAUUCAAAGUUUUACCGGCCGACCAUUGGUGGUGGAGAACUGACCACAAUCGUAAGGACGAAACACCAGAGAAAUAACAGACUGUUGUCAUUAUGGCAGUGUAAGGACACAUAGGAACCAUCAAUAUGAAACUAGUCAGCAGUUUCAGCUUUCAUAGAUUAGUCAGUAUUAUAGAAGGAUGAUGCAUGAUCAGCAUGAUCAAAUGCUGAUCAUGCAUCAUACUAGAUCAAACUAGAUAUUCUGAUACUUUGGAUGCCCUUUUAAGUUCAACUAGCGGACUCCUGUGAAAUGCAUGAAAUAUUGAUUUUUACAAAUCCCAUGAGAACCAUGUAUUUUCCCUAACUAUUCAAAGGUUCUAUUUAUUGCUUUACUGAAUUUCAUCUAAAUUGGUUCCUGUAGUCAAGCCCUGAAAAAGUAACAGAUAUACAGACUUACACUUACAGUAGAACCUAUAUAUUAGGAUCUCCAUUCCUGGACCUUGUCUGCACUUGGCCACUAAAGGUUGGCUGUUGUUGGAUAAAUACUGCCCAAUUAAACAUGAUGAGUGCUACAGAUUGGAGAUUUGGUCGCUAAUUACGGACCUUGUAAAUAUUCUCUGGUCUCAUAAGGCAAUAGAGUGAUUGAAACAGUAAUUAUAAGAUCUGCAGAAAAACCUUUAUUAAAGACUUGUUUUGGACGCCUUUAAAGUGGAUGUACAUCAGGUGAUAAUGAUGACAAAUUAAAUAUCAACCAUUAGAAACGUGUAACACUACUAAGCUAAGCAUAAAUAUACAUUUAAUACUUAUUUUAAUUUUUAUAGUUGUAACACCUUAUGGCCGGUUUCACCACCUGAUAAGUGUCAGAUAGUCCAAAAGUUUGUAAGUAACUACCUCUCAAAUGAUUAAAAUAAACGUGAAUGUAGCUCAUUCACAGGGUUUUUUUUUUAUUAUUAUUCUUUACAAGUUAGCCCUUGACGACAAUCUCACCUGAUGGUAAGUGAUGAUGCAGUCUAAGAUGGAAGCGGGCUAACUUGUUAGGAGGAGGAUGAAACUCCACACCCCUUUCAGUUUCUACACGGCAUCGUACCGGAACGCUAAAUCGCUUCGUCUUUGCCGAUAGGGUGGUAACUAGCCAUGGCCGAAGCCUCCCACCAGCCAGACCUGGACAAAUUAAGAAAAUCUCAAUCUGCCCAGCCGGGGAUCAAACCCAGGACCUCCGUUUUGUAAAUCCACCGCGCAUAACACUGCGCCACCGAGGCCGUCAGAAACAGUUUCAGUGAAACAGUGGUGGUGAACUGGCCCUUUAAGUUUUUUUAUUUAUCUUAAGGACUGCUAAUUCCUAAAAAGUGGCAGGUAAAUUUACACUUCGAAAUCAAACCAUUCUUAGUGUUCCAAUAACCUUUUUAUUGAGACAACCUAACUUAACUACACAAAAAAAAGAGAUUUAAUCUAACUUAUUUAUAAAUAAACUAAAUAAAUAAACAUUCCAAACUUUUAUAAUGGACGGAGUGAGGUGCAAUUGUUCAAAUUAAAAGACAAACUUGUUCGCAUUAUUAGUAACAAAUAAAGCACUUAUAAAAUAAAUUACUAUUUUAUAAGUGUUGUAAGUUAUAAAAUAUGUAUAGCAAUCUUGUGUAUUUUUAAUUCCUAGAAUCGUGCAACUAAUAUCUCUGUUUGCUCUCAUUGAAUAUCUCGACAAAUAAAGGAAAUAUUUGUUUA